CCAACCUCUUCUUCAUCUAGUCUUCUUGGUUUGACAGUUUGCUCUUUUAGGUUAUGUCAUUGUUGUCGCUGUUAGGUUAUGUUUUGUAUUUGUUUACUUUUUGUAUUAAAUAAAACAUAAAUGGGAAAACACAAGAAAAAAUCUAAAAAACACAAGAGGCAUCACUCAAGUUCCUCCUCAGAUGAAUGGGUGGAAGCAGACCAAAUUAAGGAAAAAUCGAGGGCUAGCAGCCCCAGCGGAAAGUCUGAACAUAGAAAACACAAAAGAGCCUCUAAAGAGCGAAGCCCUAGUAGCCCCAAAGAUGUAGACACCCCAAAAAAGCCUAAAAUUCAGGAUAAAGAUGAUGACUCUUGGUUAAACUUUGCAACAUACUCAAACGAGGAAAGGAAGAAGCAGAGGGAAGAUGCCAAGAAAGAUGAGAAAGAGAAACAACAGUAUGAUCCCAGAAAUUGCCCCAGAGAACUAAACCCAUAUUGGAAAGACGGGGGUGACGGUUUGCCCAAGUUCCGGAAGCCAAAGGAUGAUGAUUCUGAUGACGGUGCUUACAGCUACAAAAGACAAAAACCUCACACAUCCUCCUCAUCAGGUUGGAGAAAACCCAUUAAAUCUGACUCUAAACUCACUCAGUCUGACUCGACUCACCCUCCUGACUCAUCUUACAAUACUCCUGACUCAUCUCAGAUGACUGAGAAAGAACUGAACCUGUUGGCCGGUAAAUUGGUCAAAGCAGAAAUAAUGGGUAACGAAAAACUGGUCCAAGAGCUAAAAGCCAAACUGGAAAAGGGCCGGGAGGCCUUGGCCACCUCAAAAACAAACGAGGAGGGGGUGAUCUUGACACAAACUGAUCGUCAGGGUCAUUCGAAGCCCUUGACCCUUCAGCACAACUACGACGAUGGAUUCGCCCAUAGAAAAGAGCGCAAAAAGGCCUCGAACACCCACGACAACAAUGAGAGAGUCAGAUAUUUCGCUGAUGACGACAAAUAUUCUUUAAGAGACAUGUUCGAGAGCGAGAAACUAAGCACAACAGACGACCAGGACAGGGAGUUCAUGAAAAUCGCCUCGACGGUCCGCAAAAACGACGAUAUGGACGAUUUCUUCGCCGAUUCGGCUCGAAGGACCAAAUCUGACCGUAAAUCCGACCAAUCGAAACACGCCAAGGCGGUGAACGACCAUAAAAAACUCUCCGGCACUUUGGACAACUGUUCCAGGUGCAUCCAAUCAGACGUUAUGCCCAAACACCUCAUCGUCGACAUGAAAGACUACGUGUACUUGGGGCUGCCUCCUCACGAGCCCCUCACGGAGGGCCACUGCCUCAUUGUCCCCAUAAGACACGCGCAAAGCGUCACUCAACUGGACGAGAACGAGUGGAGCGAGAUGAAGGACGUGAGGAGGCAGCUCGUGAGGCUGUUUGAGGCCCGGGCGGAGGACGUGGUCUUCUUUGAGGUGGCUGCUGGGUUUCACAGGUAUCCUCACAUGGUGCUAGAGUGCGUGCCUUUGCCGAAAUCCGAGGCCGAAUUGGCGCCGAUUUAUUUCAAAAAAGCGAUCGACGAGUCGGAAACUGAAUGGGCGCAAAACAAGAAACUCGUCUCGCUAAAAGGCAGGGACGUGCGCAGGGCGAUUCCCAAAGGAUUACCGUACUUCUCCGUCAGUUUCGGGAUGGAGGAGGGAUUCGCCCACGUGAUCGAGGACGAGCGAAUGUUUCCCGCGAAUUUCGCCCAAGAAAUCAUCGGGGGGAUGUUGGAUUUGCACCACAGCAAGUGGAGGAAACCCGCGAGGGAGAAGUUCGACGUCCAGAGCAAGAGGGUGUUGGAGUUCUCGCGACGCUGGAACGAUUCUAAAUAAUUUUAAAAAUAAAUGGGAUUAUUGUAGUAAA